ACCAAAAGGACAGCGAAGCAAAACAUUCAUCGCAGUGAAAAUCGUACUCUUGCAUUUUUCUUGUCCAAUUUUUUUUCUGAAAUUAAUUUAAAAAAUCUUAUUCAAUUGAUGGUUUAGAUCACCUUUAACAAAUCGCAGAAUGUCAUCGCCCGACGCUAAACUAGAGCUGUACGAUGACUACGCCUCGGCCACGGAAUCGAUGGAGGGCCAAAUGUCCGUCCCGAAUGUCACCCGCAACACGACAAACCCCGGCGCACCUAACUUCAGCACCCUGGACGAACCCAUCAGAGAUACAUUCCUCCGCGAUGUGAAGGCAGUCGGUAUCAAAUUCUAUCAUGUUUUGAUACCCCGAGAGAAGAACACUCUGCUCCGGGAUUGGGAUCUGUGGGGCCCGCUGAUUCUGUGCACACUGAUGGCCACCAUUCUGCAGGGAUCCGCAGACGACGAGCACGAUGGGGGGCCGGAGUUCGCCCAGGUCUUUGUGAUAGUGUGGAUCGGUGCCAUGAUCGUGACACUGAAUUCCAAACUGCUGGGGGGGAAUAUAUCGUUUUUCCAGUCCGUGUGUGUGUUGGGGUACUGCCUAACGCCAUGUGCGGCAGCACUUUUGGUGUGCCGGAUAAUAUUGAUAGCGGAGCAAACGCAUUUCCUGUUCUUCUUGCGGCUUUUGGUGGCAGGAUGCGGAUUCGGAUGGGCCACUUAUGCGUCCAUCAUAUUCCUUGGAGAUAGUCAACCUAUCAAUCGAAAAGCUCUGGCCGUGUACCCGAUCUUUCUGUUUUAUUUUAUCAUCUCGUGGUUGGUUGUGUCGCAUACGAACGUCUAACUUAAUUAGGGCUAAGAUAACUAAGAGCAUGGAAAUAGGACAAACAAUUCUAAGCCAGCCACCGAUCGUAUGUGAGAGCAAAAAACACAGCUGAUGGUAAGCUAAGAUAUGUAUUUUAAGGGUGAUAAUGAAUUCCUAGCUAGACGAGACUUUUGUGAUUGUGAAUGUGUUAUCAUCGUGAUUGUAGUGAGGGCUGAGAAAAAUAGUCAUAAUCGCUUUUUAGAUCGAACCCGAGAAUGCCUGAAGUACCGCGAAUCGCUAUUAGUCAAGGAUAAAUCCUUUUGUACCAUAUAUUUUCUCUGUCUGUGCAUCUGAAGUAUCCUUGUAAGGAAAUUUAAAGUACUCUAUGAAUAACAGGAAAAA